CCGUAGGCACAUUCAAGCAAUCGCCGGUCGGCACGAUGAAGACCCUCUUCAUCUCGUUCGCCCUGUGCGCCAUUGUUGCCGCGGCACCUCGUGAACGACGAGAAGCUAUCUGGCCCGGUCAGGGAUUCUAUGGGGGUCAUGGAGCUUACGGUGGUCACGGAGCUUACGGUGGUCACGGAGGUUACGGUGGUCACGGAGGUUACGGUGCCCACGGAGCUUACGGUGGUAUAGGCUACGGAGGUGGACACGGGGUGACCCUUGCUGGACCAUUGCUAGGAGCGACGAGCGUCGUGGGUCCACACGUAGGUGCCACCGCCGUUUCCGCUCCAGCGAUAGGUCCGGCUCGAUUAUCCGGAUCAAUGGCUGGUCCUGUUCAUGUGUCAGGCGCCGUUGCUGGCCCAGCUGUCGUGACGCCAUCGGUCGCUGGUCCAGCGCACGUGGAAGGAUACGGUGGUGCAUAUGACGGAGGAUAUGGUGGAGGCUAUGGUGGUGGCUAUGGUGGAGGUGAUUAUGGAGGUUACGGUUACGCAGCUGGUCCUGCUUAUGGUUAUGCAGGAUACGCCGGCGGUCACGGAGGGCACGGAGUGGUUGUAACCGGACCAGCUACCCACGGCGCGGUUCUGGCCGGACCUCAUUCCGGAACCGCGGCUGUUUCUGGACCGCACGCUGGCUCGGUGGUGAUUGCCGGUCCCUCCGGAAAGAUCACGGCUCACGGAAGCGGUUACGGCGCCGGCAUCCACGCCGGACUUGGCCACGGCCAUGGUCACUGGUAACGCACGCAAAAUCGUCUGCGAAAAGAAAAUUGUCCUUCUAAGUUACUGCCGAGCUAAAUGUAAUUUUCAUCUCUUCAACGUUUUUUUUCCUUUUUUUUCUUAAAAGAGAUUGAAAGAAUAUUGUAGAUAUAUGUAAAGUUGUGCUGUACUUACACGACGACGCUCGUCGCGCUUGAUACUCUCGGUACACGGCGCGCGUAUUGAUACUUACGACUUUUUGUAUGAGUGGAAUAAAUUCGUCCUUUGCAAGGGGACACUCUUACCG